UGGUGUGUGUGGCCGCCAUUUUGAGGUUAGGUUGUUGAACGGACGAGCUUGCUAGCUACCACACGACAACACCAGGACGAAUACAACAACUGGAACUGAACAACAAACAAAAAGAGACGUUUUUACAACAAAAACAUCGUUCAAUAUGGGUCCACCAGGAGACAACCCACGUCGUGUGUCCUCUGAAAGAACGGAGGAUUUCAGUUGGUUUGUCAAUUUAUCUUGACAUGGCAUGUAGGUUAGUUGGUGGUUGUGACGACUGAAGGGAGAAAAAAAACAACACAAAGCGCAGAUAGCUAGCUAGUUAGUACCUCAACGCUUGAAAGAGAUUUUUGUCUUUUUGAAACACGUUUGUUGUCUGUAAAAAAAACCAAAAAAAAUUAAGAAAAUCAAGUUGGUUCUCUCGACGGGAAUCCUAACCAACACGAUGAUGAUGAUGAUAUUGAAGCAAAAUGUCAUUUAAAAUGCCGAGAUACAACAGUUAGCUAGCAAGUCAACGGGACAAGUCAUUCGACUAGUAAAUACCAAGCUAGCCAGAUAAAAACUCGGCGGAAAUGUAAAACGAAAGAUGGGACUGUCAGCUAGCUAGUUAGCUAACUAACCCGCACGACACACAGGCCUCAAUUACGUCAAGAAAUAAAACGAUGUAGCUAGCUAGUUAGCCCACUAACUAGUUAGUGUUGGAAGUGUAUACUGCUUAGCCUAGCUAGCUCACGUUAACUAGUCAACAACAAAAAUACUCCCCGUCACUAUGAGUAUCGACAACGGAUGUAAACAAGGCCGCGGGCCAGUUCAAUGGCAGUAAAACAAAAAACAACCCGACAUGUCAAAACUACUCUGUAAACUUCAACGUUGUAAGUUGGUGCCGUCGUCUUGUGGAAUCUACAUGUAUUUGCCACGAUGGUUUUCUAUACCCCCAGUUAUUCAGGAACACGUUCAUAACGCGGUCUCUGCCGAGAAAUAAACACAAAACAAACGGGGUCAAUCAUGGACGAAGCUUUGAGUUUGAGAAAACACGAAUAGAAUUGUCUGCUUUUGUUUUUGUGUUGUAAUCUCCUAUUUCACUAGCGAGAAGUAGUGUCGGUAUGGGUUUUGGAAAUGGCUAUCCUUUCUGUUAGUAGUUGUCAGUAACCUAAAGAAAAAGGUGUACCUUUUAUUUUUAUUUUUUAAUUUGCUCAUUUGUUUUCACUAGGCAAAUGUGUUGAAUUAAAGUUAAUUUGGCCUGUAUUCGAAUGUCAUACUUUUAAUCACAACAUGGCUUCUUGAGUAAUUAAUAAAACAAAUGUAGCCAAAUAUUGAUUUAAGAAACCCCCCCCUCCUCUUCCUGAGCAUAAACAAUUUUAAAUAAAUAAAAUGACAUAGCUUGCUAUUUCAUUCGUUUCCUCCUCAACAAGUUGGUAGUUAUUUUCAAAAGAUCUAGUGUAGAAUAAUUUAGAUUUCUCGUUCUGUUUAAAAAAAAAAAAAAAGGGUAGCUAACUAGCUACAUAUAGACAACUCGAAAGUAUAGUCCAAAAAAAAUAUUCUGUAAUAGAAACUGACACUAGCCGUCAACAUCUAAUAAUGGGGGACCCAACCUGGAGAAGAAAUCAGACUAGAGAUCGACUCCGUGCUCAGAUUCGAAAGAAAAGGGAAUCGUUGGCUGACCAGUUUGACUUCAAGAUCUACGUAGCCUUUGUGUUCAAGGACAAGAAGAAGAAGUCAGCUCUUUUCGAGGUAGCUGAAGUGCUACCGGUGAUGACCAACAACUAUGAAGAGAAUAUCCUGAAAGGUGUACAGGAUUCCAGCUAUUCCCUCCAGAGUUCCAUGGAACUUCUGCAGAAAGAUGUUGUGCAGUUGCACGCCCCACGUUACCAAUCAAUGCGCAGGGAUGUCAUAGGAUGCACCCAGGAGAUGGACUUCAUCCUGUGGCCGCGCAACGACAUCGAGAAGAUAGUCUGUCUCUUGUUCUCCAGAUGGAAAGGGGCCGAGGAAGAACCCUUCAGGCCUGUUCAGGCCAAGUUUGAGUUUCAUCACGGAGACUACGAGAAGCAGUUGUCGCACGCUGUCGGCAGGAGGGACAAGGCUGGAAUGGUUAUGAACAACCCGACUCAGUCGCUCUUCCUCUUUAUGGACCGACAGCACUUACAGACUCCUAAAACCAAGGCCACAGUUUUUAAGUUGUGCAGCCUUUGCCUGUACCUGCCCCAGGACCAGCUAACGUGCUGGGGCGUUGGAGACAUCGAAGACCAUCUCCUCCCGUACAUGCCCGACUAGGGCCCAGCCGGCCCUCCAUGGCUUCCACCCACAACACAAGGAAGACUUAACCCCUAAGCCACUGAAGCAAGUUGAUCUUUCUCAUCCACCACAUAUCCUUCCUUCCAUUGAGUAGAACUGCUGCUUGGAUCUCCUCUUGUUUGUUGGUUUCCAUCUUCCUGAAGCUAAUUUAAAAUAAAUUUAAAAAAAAAUCCAUAUUUGUUUUUCCUUACCUACCAAGCUUCCUCCUCCUAGCUCUGCUCCUACCAGUUUUGGAUUGGUUGUCCCUUUUAUCCACCCGUCCUCCACCGUCCAUCUUGUUUUUAUUUUUGAACCUGCACGAACAUUGAUUUUGAGUGGUUGGUUAUUCCCCUGGAGCUGCACUGUCAACGACACAGAGCAGUCCAGUCACUGAAGGAACUCAUUAUGUUGCUACCAAGCAGGAACAAAGCCACACAGGGGUCCUCUUGUCUCUGCUGGACACAUUGUAACCCAUGUCAUAACAGAUUGGAAAAGCUUCUGUCAUUUCAAAGCUGGGUUAGAGGGAAACGUGUGUUUUUUUUUUUCUAGAACGACUAGCUACAAUCUAUGACGGGUCAGCCUAGGUGGCGUUUUAAAACGUCUCCUCUAAAGCAAAGAUAAAAGGUGAAGGAGUAUUUGUCAAAUCAUUUUGGUGUAGGUAUUCACAUCCUUUAUUUUUCCUUUUAAGGUUUAAUGUUGGCUUUUUUUUUUUUUUUUUCCUGGGUUCAUUUGCUUUUCCUGUGAAAUAUGCCAGGAACACCAUUGGUAAGAUCUGGAGUAUAGUUGGGAACUGAUGGGAAGAAGUUGUCAAGACCAGUAUUGUGAAUCGCAUGGUGCGGACCGACACACAGGGUUGAAAUGUUUUGUUAUAUGCUGAAGGUUGUUACCACGCAAGCCAUUCAAGCUACUGAAAUCUGUUUGUUUUUUUCUGGGUAUGGGUUGGCAUGGGUGUUGUGUGUGUGGAAGAAUUAAUAUACCAGGUUGUUGAAUUGAUAUUAAUGGGAUCGUUACAUGUUCAUGUUCCUUUUAAUUUGAUAGACAAGUAUCCUAAAAAGUACUAAUUGUUGCAGUGCUUUAUAAAAUGUAAAAUGGGGGGUGUUUUUUUUUUUGUUGCUUGCUUUGCUUUGCUGGGGAAAAUAAGGCACAAAUCAGUCAGUACAUUUUUAAUUGAGGGUUUUUCUUUGUUGAUUCAAUAUGUUGGAUUUAAAGGCAGUUCAUUUUGAGUUUAUUUUUUUUAAUUUUUUUUAAUGCAUCUAGAAAUCAACAUGGCUGAACAAAUCCCAAUACAAUGUAACAUUUGAAAGUA